GAAAUGGAGACAACUUUAAAUCUGAUUGGUUACCUGGAACACAAUGGAAAGUUUGGACUGGCUAUGGAGCAUUCAAUGCAGAAGAAGAAUUUCAAAUUGCCAUUGAGCAUGUCACUGCAAGUGGAGACAAUCAACCUCUUGGACUUAAUGGCGCUUCACUAAAACUUGUUCUGACCAGGUUAGGCAAAAAUAGUGGCUUAAUAGUAUUAACUUGUACCAAUGGCGUUAUUAAUGAGCGAAAAUAACUUUUUUACUUCUUCAAUGACAGGUUUAAUGAGAAGGGAGGACAGGCUGGAGCACCCUUCGGCUCAAUGUUUGUCAGGUUACCAACUGGUGCAGAUUUGAUGGAAACAAGCAAACAUUUUCUAUCAAAGAAAAACCUUGAAAAAAUUCCACUGUUUAGCAAGCCGGCAGAUCGUCCUUGGUGUAUCACUGUAGCACCAAAGCAAGUAACUUUUAUGGACACUCCAAAGUUACAAGAUUCGGCAGGAAUUCUUUGUGCAACACCUGAAGAAGAUGAACAAGCUUGUUCAGGACCUGGUUGUAAUAUCAAGUAUCCGAUCAAAACAAAUGAUACUUUGACCGAGUGCGGUGCAGUGCCAGAUGAACUUCAAGAUCUUCCCGAAAUAGUCACUCUCGCGAUGUCUAUGGGUUACUCAAGGGUGAAAAAUAGAAUACCCUCCCGUUUUACCACACCAGUAAAAGCAACUCUAAAUUGUAUGGGCGUGACUGCAACACCAGACUUUCUUUCAUUUUUAUUCGGUAAAAACGGUGAAGAGCCAGUGUUUAAGUUGAUAGACUUUGAUUAUACUCCUGCUGAUAAAGACGACAAAGAUUCAAAAACAGAAUUCAAUCUCGCCUUUGAAUUAACAUUGCCAGAAAAAUACCGGACAAUACCAAACACUCAAAUAGCGUUUCAGACGUUGGAAGCAAGCAUUUCAACAAACGAUGAUAAUGGAUGGGACUUUAGUGCGGCAACAACCAUAAAGUUAAAUGAAAUUGAAGUGUCUGUUCAGCUUGAGAAAUCUUCGAGUAACUGGGUGUUCACUAUCGAAAUACCUUCGAUGACUUUACAAGACAUCCUGGGUAUUUUUAACAACAUUCAAUACACCAAAACAGGGGUUAGCGAGUUGGAUAACUGGGGUAUCAAAGAUUUUAGAUUCGAGUGGCAUUUCGGUGGGACGACAAUCGUAAGGUUCAGUGGAAAUCCAAUUUUAUUUGGUUAUGAUGGAGCACACCUUGAAGCCAUAUAUUGGAAACCAAAAAAUCCAGUAGCAAACGGCCAACCUACACAUGCUUUUGCAUUCGGUAUUUUGUUUAAACAUGUGGAUCUGGAAUGGAUUUUUCAAAAGAUAACUGGAUCAAGCCAAGUUUCAGUAAAAUGGUUGUCAAACUUAUCCGCGGUUUUUGCUGUCAGCAAUGCAAAGGGAAGUGUUAGUGGAACGGAAUCGAGUGAGGAGGAAGAAGAAGAACCAGCAAAAUCAUCAUCCAGAUCCUCCUUAAAACUUAAAAAAAAUGGCCAAAGACGUACAAUACACAUCAACAAAUAUCGGAAUAGCACCACAGAACAUUCUUUAUAUCAGAGAAUUAUUCCUCGUGUUAGAAGGCAUGCAUCAUCGCAGAUGGAAUCGGAUGUCUAUAAGAAUGAAAUGAAUAUGAAAAAGGGCGCACUCGAAAAGGCAGCUUACCAAUUAGCAGCAGAGGAUGCAUUGAAAAAAAAAUCUGAUGAAGAUGAGCCUGAUCUAGAGUUUUCCAUCGAUAUGCCAGACACUGAAAUUCGACCUGGAUUAACUUUCCUUAUGACCUAUCAACUACCAGGCGAUACGGAAAAUUGUCUCGAAAAUGCAUUAUGUCUCUGGAUGGCUAAGAAUCUUGGAUCCGACUUUUUUAUCCAGCUGUCGGGAUAUAUUGGCAAAAAAAAGAUUGAAAUAUCGGCCAGAAUUACAGCAGAGCUUAAAUUGAUCGAUAAACCAGACAGUCAACUAAUUUUUACAGACCUUAUAUUUCAAAUAAGAAUCGGACUAGACGAUCCUGGGCUCAGAUUGGAAUGCAGACUGAAAUACAUCAGUAGCAAAUUGUCACAAGAGCCGCUUUUCUUUUUUGGUGCAAUUGAGAUUGGGUUCACCGGAUCGAUCAGCCUAGAGUUUGCAAUGGCUGGCAUAAUAGAGCAACCAUUUGGAUUUCCAUACCUGGGUUUUGGAGAUUUGUUCCUGUCUAUUGGUUAUUCUUUCGGUGCUCUUCCCUUUCCUAGUUUUGAAUUUGCAGCAACUUUAUGGCUCGGCAAGUUAAUCAAAAAUGACCCAAAUAACAAUGAUCACGUAAUCAAAAUCAAGGCAGGUUUCGGAGUUGAUCCCAACAACCCCAAAGACUUCUGGGUGUAUGCUCAGUUUAAUAUUCUUACAAUCGAGGGAGUAUGCAAGGCAUUCCAAUUAAAUUGCAACAUACCUCGUAGUAUUGGUGAUUUAGGAUUCCCAGAAGGAGGAACGUUGUCGUACUCUUUGACAGGUAUGUAAAAACGACGUAUAAACAUGUCUUUACGUAGGUCAAUCAAG